GAACAGAACAGCCCAACGAACCAUCGCUACCUGGCCACUUCGCUCACAAACAAACUCAACUUUCAACUGGUCGGACGUCCCUCAAUCUCAAUUCGCAUUCCGACAACGGCGCAUUCCACUUCCGCGUGUUCUCGUAUCUCGUAUCUGCAGCGCGCUCAUAGCUCUUAGCCAUCCAUAAGAUACUUUCGCCAUUCAGCCAGUCAGUCGCUUGGCAUUGCUCCGAGAUGCCGGUUCGCGAGUCGCGCACCUCUCGCCAUCUCCAUAUCCGUCUCCGCCACCGAUGUUGUUAUUGUUUCUCGAUCCGCAAACAAACAUUGAAUGUUGUCAGUAGCGCAGCAGUGAAGUAUUGACUUUCGGCGACCCAACAAACAAACCAAAUCUAAAUCCAAAUAACGCAAUUAGCCAGAAAUAAAGUCUAUUGUGCAGAAUCAUCUCUCCCGGAGACCGCAUAAAAACAUCAAUUAGAACAGAUCUGGCCAAAAUGAUGGCGCUCGAUGGUAAGGCGAUAAUUAAGGAGGAGAUUACCGACAAGGACGCCUACGACGCGGCGGCAGCAGCGGCGGCGGCGGUAGCAGCGGGUGCCGCCCUGGCGGUCGCCACAGCAGCGGCUGCCCAAGUCCCGCCCGCCUCCUCCUCGGUUUCGGGAGCGGGCUCGGCGUCGGCAGCGGCGGCAGCAGCGUCCAACAACAACCCAGCCACAGCAGCAGCAGUAACAGCGGCCACAAUUAGUCGAAGACUUAAAGCCAACAGUAGCAGCAGCAGCAGCAGCGGCGGGGACAAGAGCUCGUCUUCCUCCAGCAGCAGCAAGGACAGCAUCAACACAUCCAGCAGCCGGAGCGACAGGGAUCGGGAGCGGGAAAGGGAACGGGAGCGAGAGCGGGAGAGGGAUCGCCUCUGCCGCACUCCACCGGACUCCCCGCCGGAUUCCUCCCGCAGCCUGGCCCCCCGCUCACCCCACUCCCCCCUGCAGUUGCACCAGCGACCGCAGCGCACCGCCAGUGUCUCGCCGGUGGUUAAUGGCGGCGGAAUAGGAUCCUCCGGAACCUCACCCACUCCAGGCGGCCAGCACGCCGCCUCCUUGGCAGCAGCCGCCGCCGCCGCUGCAGCCGCCCAUGUGGAGCAGGCGCGUCUUGUAUCCAAGAUGCGCAAAUUCCUUGGUGCCCUGGUCCAGUUCUCCCAGGAGCUGGGACAACCAGAAGUCAGUGACAGGGUGCGGGCCUUGGUGCUCUCGCUCUGCUGCGGCAACAUCUCCGUGGAGGAGUUCCGGCUGGCCCUGCAGGAGGCCAUCAACCUGCCGCUUCGGCCCUAUGUCGUGCCCCUCCUGAAGAACAGUAUUUCCUUGGUCCAGCGGGAGAUCCUGGCGCUGGCCCGAGCCACCAACCAGUCCGCCCUGCAGUACGUCACCAACAACGAGCAGGCGGUGAUGGAGUUCACGCCACACGGCGUAGCAAGUGCAGAGUUCGGGGACAUCUUCGUGCAACUGGAGGCUCCCACCUCCAACGGCAGCAGCGGAGUCUUCAAGCGCCGCUCCUCAGACUCAAUGAUGGAGCAUGGCGGCCACAACGGCCUCCAAGAGUGGAGUGAGUACAUGGCCAGUGGCGGCACAGGCUACCCCCCACCGCCCAGCAAGCGCCUGUCGCUGCACCCCGCCCACUCCGUGGUGGCGUACGGAGACUACGGAGUUGGGGCAGAGGGUCUUCCCUCUGCGGCCGCAUUCAUGCAACGCGACGACAGAGAUCUGCGGAUGACCGAGCCACAGGCCAGGCACCCGGCUCCUCCGCAGCGAGGCGGCAACCCCAAUCCCAAUCCGAACCCCAACCCCAAUCCCGCUGCAGUUGCUCCAGCCGGAGGACAGGGUGGCGGAGCUGGAGGUGAGGAGGAGUGGAAAAACAUCCACACCAUGCUCAACUGCAUCUCGGCGAUGGUGGACAAGACGAAGCGGGCGAUCACGAUCCUGCAGCAGAGGGGCAUCGAGCCGCAGCAUCCGAACAGCGGUCAAGAGGUCACACCGGCUGCCAUGGCUGAACUGCGACGACAAACGGAGGAGAAGGUGGCCGAGUUCAAGAGGAACGCCGAGGACGCAGUCACACAGGUGAAACGGCAAGCUGUCAUUGAAAUCCAGAGAGCUGUGGUGGCAGCAGAGACGCGGGCAGCGGAAAUAAUGACCCAAGAGCGCCUCCGCAUGGAGAAGUUCUUCAUGGAGAUGAGUCGCCACUCGAGCGGUGAGCGAGAUCUGGACAACAAAUCGCCCUCGAUGACCAGUGCCCAGAAUGGCAGCAACUUGCAACAGCAGUGUUGGAAUUGCGGACGCAAGGCCACAGAAACCUGCUCAGGAUGCAACAUGGCUCGUUAUUGCAGUGCCUCCUGCCAGUACAGAGAUUGGGAUAGUCAUCAUCAGGUUUGUGGAAACUCACGGGCCAGCGAGUUGAGUGCCAAGCACCUGCACUCGACCAGCAGCCUGCGCAGCGCCAUGGCCACCCGAUCACCACCCACUCCCAACUCGGCGGCCCACCUGCAGGCAGCAGCAGCUGCGGCAGCGGCAGCAGCGGCGGGUGCCCGCGACGUGGUCAGUGCAGCCAGCGGCGGAGGAGGAGGAGGCGGACCUGGGGCGGGAGUUUCGGCCGGAGGGGCGGCCAGUAGCGCUGGCGCCGGCGGCGGAGGAGGCGGCGGUGGAGGCGGAGGGGGCUCGGCAGCCGCGGUGGCAGCUGCCACCCCGGGCUCUUUGGUGGCCAACGGGUUGGGCUCCAAAUGACGCAUUCGCAUGAUGAAACCGAAGAAGAAAUACUUGUGCUAGUCAAAUUAUAGAGGAGAGGGUUGGCGGGUGAGCUGAACCGAUAAACCAUAUGCAACCCAUACUUAUUACAGCUAAUAUAGAGUUAUCCAAAAACCAAAAAGAAAAACAAAAACAAAACUAUAAGAUUGAAAACGGAUGUCAGGCAGCAUCGUCUCUAAAGAUCUCUUCAGAUCCGAAACGCAUAAAUAGAUUCAGAUUGAUGUGCAUUUUCGCUAUAGUUUUUACACUUCAAUGUUUUAAGCAGAAAAGGAUUAAGGGUAAAUGUCUAAAGGAUACACUUGUCUAGGAUCAUUAGGAAACGGUUAACCUUUUUGAACUACUCAGUACGAUUACUCAACAAGGGACUUAUCCGCAUUCUCGCAAUUCCCAGUCUGUGACACAUUGAAAAUUCCAGUUUAGCAGCAGCACUUUCUCGAAAUAAAAACCGAAACAGAAAAUACAUAAAUAUUAUUAACAAUAUGUGCACACUAUUAAAGAAUAAAUAAGCAAGUAAAAUCAUUAAACGCAACAUUUGAGAAAAAUUCAGUAAAAUUGUGUAAGUAAGCAACCCAAAAACAGAAAACAAAAAACUGAACAUAGUAGAUUUUAUUAUUACAAUACAGUAUAUUACUACGGAUAUGAAUAUGGCUAAUUUAUUGAUUGAGUUUAAUUUAUUGAUUAGUAUUUAUUGUAUUCCUUAAACUAAACUAAAAGCUAAAAACUAAAUGUACUUUUAUUAUAAACAAAUACCAAGUAAAUGUUAAACCUACAAAACCAAGGCUGCAAGGCCGCAAAGAAAAACCCAAGAAAUAAAGUGUUUUAAACCAAAA